GGAUAACUUUAAACAUGGAGUGUUACUUCUCUGGGAAGGUGGUCAGUUGAACUCGUAGUGUUAGGUUGUUUAUAGGGUUACUCGGUUUAACAGUUGCGCUUUUGUACAGUAUUUAUUUAUUGUUAUUUAUUUCAACGACAAUUAUUCUUUAAGUUGUUAUUGAUAUUUUUUAUUGUGAGUUCAUUGUAUGUGUUAAGAUGACCCAAGAAGCAUAUAGGCCUUUGAAGGUUGAAAUGAGAAACCUCAACAUAUCAGAUCAGUCCAAAGAAAAGAUUUUGGAGACAUUGAAGUAUUUGCAUGGAGAGGAUUUUAUACACAAGAACAAAUCAUCUUACCGAGACAAAGGUUUUAGAUUAGAUCGACAAUAUUGGAUUGAUAGGGGAGAAUUAAUAGUGCAAGGCACAGUCAACUAUUCCAAGAAUAGAGAAUCUUCUGCCAACCCUCAGGAUCGGAUAAAUCAAUUUGCACAGUCAAGGCUCGAAAAAUAUGGUUUUCAUCCGCAUCAUUGCCGUGAGGCUCUAGGCAUUACCUCUGGUGAUGUAGGAAACGCUUAUGAGCUCCUCUUGUGCCGCUACUUUAAUAUUCCUCUGCCUGACCCCAAGGAUGUUCCUGUAAACAUAUUAGAGGAACGGACUCAAGAACUAGACUCCUUAAGGUCAAUAUAUGAUUCAGGCUGUGAAGAAAUAAUUGCCAAUCAAAUUUGGCACAUCCACUUAGAAUUACCUUAUCUUGCUGAAUUAUUUGAAGAAAAGAAACCAUCAAAAGUAGAUCGAAGGGGAAAAAAAAAUGAAAAAGACAUAUGUAGGUUUUAUUUUAAAGGAACUUGUCGUUAUGGUGAUAAAUGUCGUUUUUCUCAUAACCCACCUCCUAAGGAUAAGAAACUAAGUGUUGUCAAUGAAAAUAAAAAUAAAUUUGUCCUGGAAGUCAGAUUUCCAUAUGGCUGUCAUUAUCCAUUGGAGCCACCACUUGUCUCUCUUACAGCAAAAUCAAGUGAAUUUCCAACAUCUUCUUGUUUAAGAGUCACCAAAUUGCUACUAGACGAAGCUAGUAGAUAUUCAGAACUCCAACAGCCUUGUGUGUUUUCGCUUAUUGAUCUUCUGACAAAUGGGCAAGAGGAAAUUAUUAAUUCAUUAAACGAAAGAUCACACUUGUUUUAUGAGCCAUGGAAAUUGCUUUUACCAAAUAAUGAUUCUGAAUCAGUCCCUGAAAAUGGUCUUGAAGAAUAUGAUGAUGAUGACCAUCUCUACACAACAGCUACAGACAAGAAAUUAACGCGUGAUGCUGUUUUGGUGGAUAGAAUUGAUGCAGAAUUGUGCUCGAAAUUCAUUGAAAAAACUAAAAAUCCCAAAUAUCUGUCCAUGUUAACCUUCAGGAGGUCUCUUCCUGCCUUCAAUAAAAUGACUGAAAUAAUUGAGGCAGUUCGAAACAAUCAGGUUGUUAUAAUAAGUGGUGAAACAGGUUGCGGAAAAUCAACUCAAGUCCCACAGUUUCUCCUUGAUGAUUGGCUGAUCAACAGAAAGGAUGGAGAACAUUUUGAAAUAAUAUGCACUCAGCCAAGGAAAAUUUCAGCUAUUGGUGUUUCUGAAAGAGUAUCAGCCGAAAGAGCGGAAAGAAUUGGGGAUACUGUAGGAUAUCAAAUUCGAUUGGAGUCAAAAAUGUCUCAAUAUACUAGGCUGUUAUUUUGUACCACAGGUAUUCUUCUUAGAAGAUUAGAAAGAGAACCAUUAAUAGAUUCAAUUACUCAUGUUAUCAUAGAUGAAGUCCAUGAAAGGAGCGAGGAAAGUGAUUUCUUAUUGUUUAUUCUAAAAGAUAUACUACAUCAGCGACCUUCCCUUAAAAUCGUAUUGAUGAGUGCUACUCUUAAUGCACAGCUGUUUUCAUCUUAUUUUGGUGGAGUCCCUAUUAUAGAAAUUCCAGGACGUACAUAUCCAGUAGAACAAUUUUGGCUAGAAGAUAUAAUCAAUAUGACUGACUUUAGGUUAGAAGAAUUCUCACAAUUAACUCGGAAAAUCGGUAAGCAAAGUAGUCGUGAUAUUGAUUCUCUUGAUGCAGAAUGUGAAUUAGCCGAAGUACAGAGAAGAAGUUUCUUAGUGCCCGAAGAAUCAAAUAGAGAUGAAUACUUACCAGUUUGCCAAUUUUAUUAUAGAUAUCGAGCUUUCCCCCGACCGGUUAUCAAAACCUUAUAUUUAAUGGACUUGGACAGAUUAAACAACGAUUUAAUUGAGUCUGCUCUAUUGUGGGUCAUAGAAGGAAAUCAUCAGUAUCCACAGGAAGGAUCAAUCCUCAUAUUUCUUCCGGGUAUUGCCGAAAUUUUAAGUCUCCGUGAAUGUUUAUUGGCUCAUCCUCUUUUCCAUCCUAGAAAUAGCAAGUUUCUUAUAUUACCAUUACAUUCUAUGCUGACAACUGAAGAACAGUCACUAGUAUUCAGGAAACCCAGACCAGGUGUUCGUAAAAUUGUUCUUUCAACAAACAUUGCUGAAACCUCCAUUACAAUCGAUGACUGUGUAUAUGUUAUAGACACUGGAAAGAUGAAAGAGAAAGGGUUUGAUUCCAAUAGUAAUAUGGAAAGCUUAGAAAUGGUAUGGGUUUCUCAAGCCAACUCAUUGCAGAGAAAAGGGCGUGCUGGUCGUGUCAUGCCUGGAGUUUGUUUACACUUAUACACAAAGCAUAGGUACGAAUAUGUGUUGUCACCUCAGCCUGUACCUGAAAUUUGCCGAGUACCUCUCGAGCAACUUAUUCUGAGAGUGAAGAUUCUUCCCUGUCUCGCUGAUAAGGACCUAAAUCAAGUGAUAGGUGGACUCCUUGAACCACCAGAUAUGAGAAAUGUUGAAGGGGCAUUAAAAAGGCUUAAAGACGUCGGCGCAUUAGACGAAUCUUUUGUCCUUACACCUCUUGGAAAUCACCUCGCAGCCUUGCCUGUUGAUGCUAGAAUUGGCAAACUAAUUCUGUUGGGGGCAAUGUUUUGUGCCUUAGACUCCACCCUUACAAUGGCCGCAUUUCUUUCUCACAAAUCACCUUUUGUUGUACCCUUAAGCAGACGAGAGGAGGCAAAUAACAGAAAGAAGGAGUUUAAUACUUCUAAUUCCGAUCAGCUUACCACUCUCAAAGCUUAUAAGGGCUGGAUGAGAGCCUGUGAAAAAGGUAGAAAUGCUGGUUAUAACUAUGCGAAUGAAAACUGUCUCUCAGUAAAAGUUUUAGUUAGCCUUAUAGAAAUAAAAAUUCAGCUUCUGGAGUUCUUAAUAGAUAUUGGAUUUGUCCCAGGGGACAUAAAAAUAAGACAUAGGAAGAAUGAUAUUCAAGAUAAGAUAUACGAAAUGACUGGUCCAGCUCUAAAUGCAAAUGGAGAGAAUCAAAAACUAUUAGCUGCUCUUCUUUGUGCAGCCCUAUAUCCUAAUAUUGUAAAAGUACACACUCCGAGUAAAAUGUACCAGGCCCAUAUAUCUGGAAACAUACCUAUGGAUUUUAGUCCGGAUGACAUAAGAUUUAAAACAAAAACAGAUGGUUACGUUCAUUUACACCCGACUUCUGUGAAUCAUGGAGUUACGUUCUAUCCUAGUCCUUACUUAGUUUACCAGGAGAAGAUCAAAACUUCGAAAGUGUUCAUUAGAGAGUGUACUAUGGUGCCAGUAUUAGCUUUAGUCUUAUUUUCGGCAGGGUCUCUUAAAGUUGAGCUAAACUGUGGCCAAUUUGUCGUUUCGAUUGAUGAAGGCUGGAUAAUGUUUACAGUUGAAUCCAAUGAGAUUGCAGAACUGCUUGAGUCGAUAAAGAAAGAAUUACUUCAGUUACUCGAUCAGAAAAUCAAAGAACCACGGAUGAAUUUGCAAACUCACCCAAAAGGAAAGAAAAUUAUUUCAACCAUUAUUCACCUAGUCACUAAUGGUUAAUUUAUAGGCGAGGUGUUAGAUUUUUAUGUUCUGCACAAAGGAUGGAUAGUUUUUGAUCAGAAGUAUGAUAAUUCUGAUGAGCAUAAUUGUUUCAUUAUUAAGUGUGUAAAUAUUUUUUAUAUAUAUAUAUACAUAUGAAUCUUAUAGUUGAAUUAUUUAUGUGUCUUUCCACGUGUAUCUUGUAAAUAGUUUAAUUUUGUUUUUUGUUUGUGAUAAAGUUUAGUUCCAUUAAGAGACUAUUAUAAAAAAGUAUUUGUUAAAAAAUAAAAAUAAAUGAUUAAUUUUGUUGUAGUAA